GGCAACUUUUCCUCUGCACAGAUCUUGAUAAAUCAUCCCCACUAUCCCAGUGUUUCCCAACCAGGGUGCCUCCAGCUGUUGCUGGGAGUUGUAGUUUUGCAACAGCUGGAGGCACCCUGAUUGGGAAACGCUGCUCUAUCCACUCAUGUCGUCUGCUCCUCCCUGCAGGAAGUAUGGCUCUGGCCCUCCUCCCAUGACACUCAGGCCUGGGCCCUCCCCUCUACACCUCCAGCCGUAGAUUACCCCUAGGGGUAGAUUUCCCUCGUGUCCUCCAGGGGAGGGGGGGCAAGCUGUCAGAAUGAUCCGAAACCUGAUACACUGCACAGCCCCCCUCAGGGCUUCGAUCUCUUUCCAUUCACUCCGUGGGUUCCAUUCUGCCCCUCCGCUUCCUCGGCAGCCGGUUCCCGACCUGCAAAAGACUCUGACCCGCUACUUGCGCUCCCUACAACCUCUUGUUAGUGAGGAUGAGCUGGAGAGCACCAGGGAACUGGUAGAAGAAUUUCUACGUCCCAGAGGACAAGGAGAAGAACUGCAAAGACAACUUUAUAAGAGAGCGGAGCGUACCGAUAACUGGCUUACAGACUGGAGACAAGAGUGUAUAUACCUAGAGAACCACCUACCACUCCCUGUACACUCCAGCCCGGCUGUCAUUCUCCCUCAGCAGGACUACAAGGACUGGAGGGGACAGCUGAGAUUUGCUUCUAAACUGAUUUGUGGUGUCCUGGAUUUUAAAGCCAAAGUUGAGAGCCCUGGUGGUCUGGAGGAGUUAUGGCGAGGCCAAAGGCUGUGCCCGGAUCAGUAUUACAAAUUCUUCGGAUCCUGCAGGGAACCUGGAACCAAGAGGGAUCGAGUCUUGCUCCAUCCGCGUAGCAAGUCUCAUCAUGUGACCGUCUGCAAGAACUACCAGUUUUUCGAGCUUGAGGUGUACAAUAGUGACGGCUCGCCACUGACAGAAGAUCAGAUCCACCAGCAGAUGCUUUUUCUACGUGCGCACUCUAAAAAGACAGACAAAGAGCCUGUUGGGGUGCUCACCACCGAUCAUAGGAACAGCUGGGGGCGAGCAUACAGCACCCUUAUUCGAGACCGGCUGAACCGGGAGUCUGUGCGCAGUAUCCAGCGCAGUCUCUUUACCGUGUGUCUGGAUGCCACAGCGUUAAAGUAUUCAGAGGACUUGUACAGCAGCCGAACCGCUGCCCAGAUGCUGCACGGAGGAGGGAGCCAUGCCAACAGCGGCAAUCGCUGGUUUGACAAGACUCUACAGUUUGUGGUGGGAGAAGAUGGCAACUGUGGACUGAUUUAUGAUCAAGCGACGGCUGACGCCUCUGCGGUGCUGACCAUGCUGCGCCAUGUUUUCGACUACUGUUCUCAGGGCCCCAGUCUGCUGCCGCCUCGCACCCCUCUCACCAGGGUUCCUCCGCCAAGAAAGCUGUACUUCAACUUCCCGCCAGAGAUCAAGCAACACAUAGAACAGGCCAAGCAGAACCUGGACAUAUUGGUGAAUGAUCUGGACAUCUGCUGUUUCUCCUUUCCUGAUUUCGGGAAAAAAUUUCCGAAGAGGUACGACAUGAGCCCCGGUGCGUUCCUGCAAAUCUGCCUGCAGCUGGCACAUUACAGGUUACACGGCUCGCUAUGUGCAACCAUCGAGGUAGUGUCGCUACGUGUGUUUCAACGGGGGCGUUCCGACGUCGUACGUUGCUCCUCCCCUGAAGCGCUGGAAUUUGUUCAAGCAGCAGAUGACCCAAAUAAAUCGGCAGAAGAAAAGUUCGCCUUCUUGGUAAGAGCGAUAGACAGUCACAAAGCAUCCAGAGAGCAGGUGUUACAGGGGCAGUCCGUAGAUGGCGCUAUCCUGGCCCUGAAGAUGUUGUGUAUCUCCUCGGGGAUGGCCCUACCAUCUCUUUUCAUGGACACAUCCUAUGCGAUGUCUACCCACUGGAAGCUCUUCACUGGACAGGUGUCCUCUAAGGUGGACUGUGUAAUGUGCUACGGGCCCUUGGUUCCAGACGGGUACAGUGUCUGCUUUGCCCCUUCCCAGGACAGCAUCACCGUGUGCGUCUCUGCCUUUGACUGCUGCCAGGAGACCGAUGCCGAGAGGCUUUCGGACAGCCUGCAGGGGGCACUGAGAGACGUCCGCGGGUUAAUCUUGGCGUGCCGACCGGCGGAGGAGUAGAGUGCCCCCUUAAUCACUUCAAUUUAUAACAUCGGUGGCAGGAAAUGUGCUUGGUAUUUAUUCUGAAAAUGUACAUGACAUGAGCGACGCUGUGUAACCCUGUACCGCCAAAUGUGUAAAGAACAAAUGACGCCAAUAACCGGUAUAGCCACAUGUAAACAACAUGUGGUCAUGUGACUUAAUCACGUGACCUCGCUGCAUGCUCUACUGCCUAUGCCCCAAGUUAUACAUUACCGAGGUGCUAUUCUUUACAUACAGCCUGUAAGAAGUGCAGGGAGCGGAGGUGGUUUAGGUGAACCCCUUGUAUAUAAAGCUGAGUGGUAACCAAUAUAUAGCUGUCCAUACAUCUGUACCCUUUAUCCUCAUACCCCCGCUAUUAUCAUCUGUCCCAUUAUAGCUGCCUCAUUCAUUUAACCUGUUAUUGAUGCUGCACCCAUUUACCCCAUUAUAUCUGUUGCAUUUUUCGACCCCGUUAUAAAUGUGGUCUCCUUCUACCCCAUUAUAAAUGUGGUCUCCUUCUACCCCGUUAUAAAUGUGGUCUCCUUCUACCCCGUUAUAAAUGUGGUCUCCUUCUACCCCGUUAUAAAUGUCGUCUCCUUCUGCCCCGUUAUAAAUGUGGUCUCCUUCUGCCCCGUUAUAAAUGUCGUCUCCUUCUGCCC